AUGCGGGAGGAACUGCGCUCUGCUCCCAUUGAAACAAAACGGUUAAAUGAUACUGUGGCGGUGCUUACGGGUAGGCUCACAGAGUGCGAAGGCCGAUUUGGAGUUCUUAAUAAGCGUGUGAUUACACUUGAAACACGUCUCACUACUGAAAAGGUGGACAAUGCUUCGCUUAUUGCUGAAAUUGACAGAAUGAAAUCGGAACUAAAUGAUCGAGAUCAAGAUCUAUUGCUUACGGAGCUUGAGGUGACUUGCAUACAGGAGCAGCCGAAUGAAAGUUUGUUACAUAUUAUAGGUACGGUUGCUACAAAACUUGGUGUUCAUCUGGAUGAACAGGAUAUUGUUAGUGUAGUGCGAAUGGGCCGUGUACUAGAUGUGUCCCAGACCUCUGCUUUGCCUGGCACGCGUCCAAUUGUAGUACGAUUGGCGCGACGUGCUGUACGUGAUAGACUGUUGGAAGCUGCAAGAGUGCGUCGGGGUGUUACCACUGAGGGCAUGGGUCUUCCCGAUAAACCUGGUCAUUUUUUUUAA